CCACAUCGUCUACCUGGCCUCGCUCCGUUUCGGUCACCAGAAUUACUGCACCGUUACACUAAUGGCCUAUCUCUAAGAAAGUGACCUACAAGAUAACAUCCCAAGGAGCUUUUCUAAUCCUCUCCCGACUUCUCGACACUUCCACCUCCCUACCCCACGACAACAACGUGCCACACAUGGACCGUAGGAGACGGGCAAGCUCCGCCACAUCUAAGAGCCUGCUGAACAGGCAGCUAGCCAGCAUCACGGACAUACUCGCCAAAGCCUCCCAGCGGCGCGAUGAGGAGGUCAAGAGAUCCCGCCGUACCUCAAGAGUAGCGCCCAUGGCAACAGACCUCGUUUCUUCGUCCGAUCCUGCAGCACCUAUCUUGGCGGGAGAGCCAGAUCAUGCACAUCCAGAGCCUCCGCCUGCGCAGCUGGAUGGUGGAGCUGAAGACACAGAAGAGUCCGCCGCUGCUGCCAAAGCCUCAGAGGAUGAAUAUGCAGAGAUUAAGCGUCGGGAAAUGGAGAAGUUCCAUCGUGUGAUCGCCGGGUAUCAGGCAGAAGUUGCCGUCGCUAAGGCCUCUAAGGACGACGAAACAGAGAGAUUGCGCAAGGAAGAGGUGGAGUUCCAGCAGAUGGUCGCCGGGAUGGAAGCAGAAGACGCGAGACGCGAAGAAGAAGAGAAGCGCUAUGCUGAGGACAUGGGGCGCAAGAAAGCAGAAGAGGCUGCGAAGAUCAAGGCCCAAGAGGCCCCACGCAGAGCUGAGCGUGAAGCUGAAGCUGCUAAGAUUGCCCGCAAGAACGAGACGUCAGACACAUCAAUCUUUGACGCUUCUAUGCCCUCGAUGAGAGACGGCGACGCCUCACCCAACGAGGAUGACCCAAGAGCUAUGCUUGCUGAGCUGCGCAACCUGGAGGGAAUCACGCACAAAUCAGAAAACCAUUAUAAUGACCAAGAUCGAGACGAGGGCGACAUCAGACGGAUGCUUGCGGAGCUUGACAAAUCAGCUUCUUACCAACAUUCGACAACAGUUACGGGUUACGAUGACGAUCCACAGCAAAUGGUCGCAGAGCUCGCUACAUUGUCAGUGCCACACCCUCGAGGAACUAGCUCGUACACAAACGAAAAUAGGGAAGACGAAGAAGAAGACGACGACGAUGCCAGCAUACUCCGCGCCAGACUCCAGAACCUGCGCUCGUCAUCCAAUGGCUAUCCACAACUACCACCAGACCACGUCGACUCUGACAGGAGAGUUGGGUAUAUUGAACAAGCCGAUACCAAGACGGUCGCUGCCACUCGUCUCGAGCCAGAGGUCAUCCCGUAUAUCGUUGCUUUACAGCUAGGACACUCAAACAGCCAAUGGGAGCAUGUCCAAGGAUGGACAACAUGUCUGUACAGCUCCGGUCUGAACAGCUACGAAGCGCAGAAAGGGAAAGAAGUCGCAGUAGCACACGCAGAAGACGCGCUGAACAAGAUCAUCAGCAGCGUCAUGGAAGUCGAAGAAAUCUCCCGUCGCAAAGCAGAAGAGACAAAAUUACAGCGUCGCCUGAUCGUCUCCAAUCUGGCUGCUGGCGCGGAUGAAGAGGAGAUAGAGCGUCAGUUCUGGAAGCACCGCUAUGAGAUGUGA